CGAAGGCUGCUUUUCUGAUUAAAAUACUUUCGCAGCUAUGAAGUCGUUUUUUCUUUAUUUUUUACUACUCACUUUUGGUUUUUUGUGUGGAAUUGCGAAGCAAAAUCAUCGAGAUAAUCCAAAGCUGCCCAUUACUUUAUACUACGAAGCACUUUGUCCGUAUUGCAGGCGUUUUGUUAUCCAGCAACUGCAUCCGUCAAUGUUGCGCAUGGAUCGACUGCGAUACACGGACUUAAUGCUGGUGCCUUACGGCAAUGCUAAGUUAAUUGAUGAUGGCGAUGUUAGUUGUCAGCACGGCGUGAAUGAGUGCGAGUUGAAUGCGUGGCACGCCUGCAUUCUGGAGCACAAAUCCUUCGAGGUGGCGUUCAAGCUGAUUGCCUGCAUGAUGCGUGGCCUCAAGAAUAGGCUGGACUCGUGCGCCACUCGCUUUAAUAUCAAUGUGAGCGAUGUGAAGAGGUGCAAGCAAAGCCGCAGCAUAGCUGAUAUAUUGAAGAAAUAUGGUGAUGAGACUGCCGAGGUGGCAUUCCACGGGGUUCCAGCAAUUGCAGUUGAUCAUGUUUACGUUGAAGACGAUCAGAGCAAUCUAAGCGAUAACUUUGACGCAGUUUUCUGUGGCAAAUACGAGGCCAAAUUUAACAUACGCCUGCCAAAUUGCUAACUGCUAAUUGUAAAACAUUUACAUAAUAUAAAUUGCUAAUUGUCUUAAAUAAAUAUCAGUUU